GAAGAAAACACAGCUUGUACUUGUUGUAAUCAGCACAAGAACUCCUUUGUCCGUCGCUCGAUAAAAGAAACACAAAAGCAUGUAGAGACCGCGGGCCUCGGCAGAGCAUGCAGGCCAGAGGCGCAAAUCCCAUGUCAGGGGCAGAUCCUGGGAAGUGAAGGGGACAGAGAGGAGGGUGGCCCGGGAGCCGGCGCUGGCCAGAACAUUCCCUGAGCCGGACCCGCCGUGUGUCAUGGGGAUGACCGCACCCCCCCGCUCGCUGCUCACCCCCCGUCCUGGAACCAGAGAAGACCCCAUUAUCCCGGCCCGUUGUGUCUCACGAUGGAUCAAAAACAGCUCGGACACAAAGCUCUCCACCAGAAGGCAGAAUUAAACUCGACACUGUGUUGGCCUGUUUGGUUUGAUUGAUGUCAUGGCCGGGCUCCUCCUCCUCAGGGUUUCCGUCCUCGUAGCUCUGUGGUCGGCGUCUGUGCUCAGCGUGUCAGUGUUCUCGAACGCACCGCAGGCCCACAUGCUGCUGCGCUCACGGCGGGCCAACUCCUUCCUGGAGGAGCUCAAACCUGCAUCCCUGGAGCGUGAAUGUCGGGAGGAAAAGUGCGACUUUGAGGAGGCCCGGGAGAUUUUCCAAACCAGGGAAGCCACACUGGAGUUCUGGACGGUGUACACAGAUGGGAACCAGUGUAGCUCCAACAGCUGUGUCCAUGGAGCCUGUGUGGAUAUGUACCAGGCCUACGCCUGCCACUGCCACCCCGGAUAUGAAGGGAAAUACUGCGACCAGGUCAGCACCGCCUCCAACUGCUCCGUCGCUAACGGCGACUGCAACCACGACUGCACGGAGAGCGAGGACGGGCUGCGGCGCACCUGCAGCUGCGUGGCCGGAUACAAACUGCAGGACGACUCCCGAAGCUGCGUCCCGCUCGGUCGCUCGUCAUGCGGCCAGCUGCUGGUGGCGAAGACGUCGUACAGCCAGCCGAUAGAAGGCCUGCUGCCGUGGAUCAUGGGAGGCGAGGUGGGCAAGAAGGGCGAGAGUCCUUGGCAGGCGCUCCUGCUGAACGCCAGAGGCAAGUUUCACUGCGGAGGCGUCCUGAUCGAUGAGAACUGGGUGCUCACCGCCGCUCACUGCCUGCACAACAGCCUGAGAUUCAAAGUUCGACUGGGUGACUAUGAGCGGUUCAAAGCGGAGGGCACCGAGGUGACCCUGCCGGUCGCCCAGACCUUCCAGCACCCGGACUACAACAGCCACACGGUGGACAACGACAUCGCCCUGCUGCGCCUGGCCUCCCCCGCCCCCUUCUCCGAGUACAUCGUGCCGGUUUGCCUGCCGGGCCGCCAGAUGGCCGAGCGGGUGCUGCACCUGAACGGCACCAUCACCGUGGUGACCGGCUGGGGCAAAGACGACAUGGACAGCGACCACUUCAGCUCAGCGCUGAACGUCAUCAAGGUGCCGCUGGUCAACCGCACCGCCUGCGCCCGUCAGAUGAGCCACAACAUCACCGAGAACGUCCUGUGUGCCGGGGUCCUGGGCCAGAGGAUGGACGCCUGCGAGGGGGACAGCGGCGGGCCGAUGGUCACGCUGUACCGCGGGACGUGGUUCCUGAUCGGCCUGGUGUCCUGGGGCGAGGGCUGCGCCGUGGAAGACAAGCUCGGCAUCUACACCAAGGUGUCCAACUACAACCAGUGGAUCGACAGUGUGCGUGAGGAGUGGGACAAACAUCACGGCCCCCUGGAGCCCCAUGGUGUCUAAACUGAUCUCAGACCUGCAGUGUUCCCACUUUGGUCUCUUAAUCCCACAUGCACAGGUAUGUGGGAUUAAGAGAAAGAAAGAAAAAGUAAGAAAGACCCUCAAUACAGCAAUAGGCCUACAGAUGUAACACGUUUUGUCCAA